AUGAUGACCGAUUUUAAUCCUGCUCCUGUGCUCUUACGAGAUGCCGCUUCAACUGUUGUAGCAGAUGACCCAAUGAUGUUUGAUAAGCAUCCCUGCUACAUUUCAGAUGAAGAUUGCAGCGACACAAUGGAAGUGCCUCAAAACUUGAAUCCUGAACAAGUGCGUUACGAGUUCCCUCCAAAGUCACGACUCCAAGAAUUGGCGCAAUACUAUGACAAUGAUGAUUGUUCCUUUUUCGAUGAAUCUUCAUUUACGACAACGUCGACGUCAACAGCUGCCUACAACACGAGUAUCACGGAGCAACAGGAUUAUUACGAUGAUGAUGAAGAGGAGACUUUGAUGCGUUUGAAUGCCGCUCGUCGUUCCGCAGAUUAUGCAAGUGAUCAUCUGGAUCGGUUUUUUCAUUCGGUGUCAUCAGCAUGGCAACAAGAUGAUGUGAUGAUGACGAUGAUGGAUGAUGAUGAUGAUGAACAACAUCGCGCAUCCUCCAUGUCACCUUUGCAUUUACCACAACAACAACAACAUCGACCACGAGAAGAAUCGUGUGAUUCCACAGAUACCGUUAAACAAUGCCGAGCUGCGCGCGAUCAUCUUAGCAAAGGCAUUGCCCCAUCUGCACUUCUCGGCUGUGUACAAGAAGAAGGUUAUCGCAGCACACGGGCCAAUUCGGAUGAUCUUGAGCUCCCGGUUUUCCGCAGCGAAUCCGCCCUACGUCACUCAAGUAGUCGCACAGCAAGCUUGUUGCAUAGCGACAAUGAAAGCACAGCAAGCAGUGCCGUUGUUGUCAUGCGCAUCCGUAGAAAGCCAAAAUCGCCUCUUCUCGCAGCAAGAAUGGUUCCCUCGCAAGAUGAUGAUCGUAUGACAUGGUCUGAUAGCAGCGAUGAAGGCUAUGUGGAUGAAGAAAAGCCCAUGGAUUCUGCCUCUUUGUUUUUGCCACUUUCGGAUCAUGAGCAACAUCAACUGCAAGACAAUGAGAUGCUUCGAGUCACCGCUGCCAUUAAGAUUCAAGCCGUGUGGCGUGGGUAUCAUUUCCGUCAACAAAUGAAAAAGCACACGACGACAACGAGCAGGGGUCUCAAGCCCACACAACGUUUGAUGAUGGAUAUUGUAAAGCUAUGUGGAGGUGUCCAUAAACGCCAAAUGACUCGUAUGCGUCAACGCCUUGAUACACUUGAAAUGCAUCUUGAAGAAGAAACAGCCAUGCGUAUUGCAUUUGAGAAGGCCAUGGAAGAUAUGACUGUUAUGAUUGAUGAGCAACACAAGGCAUUGUACGACCGCAUUGAACAAGAGGCGAGCAUGCGGCAAUAUUACGAACGCAAGAUGGAUGAUACUUUGGGUCGUAUCAAGCCGUUGGAAAGACAAUUGAGACAAGAAGCGCGUGAUCGUACCGAGCUUGAAUCCAUGAUGACUUGUGUUCUCGAACAAAUGCAAGACAUGAAACGUGAAGCCAAGGCUGAAUCGGAUGCACGUAGGCGUUUGCAAGCUGAGUUGGAUGCAGCUCGUGAUGAAAUUGCUCGUCUCAAGCGACCCAAUUCUACUACUGCUCCUAUGGCUGAUAGACCACGCUCAUCCAUGAUGAUUUCUACUCAACAACAACAACAACAACGUCAAGGACUGCUGCGCGCGGGAGAUACGAGAAGCGUGUCAGCCAUGGCAAACAAAAAGUCUAUGACUACAACAACUUUACGUCGACCCACUACUGCGUCGACUUUGAGCACCAAGAAAACAACUACAACAACAACAACUUUAGGAACGCCACAACGAGGGAGCAGCCGAAUGGAAAUGAAAAAGUCGAUUAUCCCAUCGACUCCAUCACUCCUAUCUCGAAAGAGAUAA